AUGGCAGUUUCCUCUCUGUACACAUCAAAUUCUCUCCUUCACAGUCAUUCUUUUUCGUAUUUCGAAAGCUUGAAGCUUUACUUACACAAUGGGUUAAAUUCAAGAAGACGAAAAAGCAUUGGCAGGUUUGCUGUAUCGUCAUCGCAUUCAAAUCCCAAAAUUCUCAAGUCCAAUCGUCGCUCUAGGUUCGGUCAGAGACUAUCUCCGUACGAUAGCGACAACGAAAAUGAAGCUAUUGAUGACGAUGACGAUGAUUGGCUCUCAGAUGGCCCAGGACCAGGUUAUAGUGAUGAUAAAGCGAAAAGCAAGUUGCAAGCUGCAAGUAAUGUCAAUGGAGGUAGCAUGUAUUCAAGAAUGGGUAGGAAGCUGAAAGUUAUCAAAGGAAACGGAAAGGUCAAUUACACAGAGAAAGAUAAGGAGGCAGGGAAGUCUUCAAAGAACAAAUAUCGGCGUUUAUCAGAGGAAAUAGAAGUAGACGAAAAAUGGUUUCCACUACUCGACUACCUCACAACUUUUGGCCUUAAAGAUUCUCACUUCAUCCAAAUGUACGGAAGACACAUGCCUUCACUUCAAAUAAACGUCACCGCAGCACGAGAAAGAUUAGAGUUCUUGAUGAGUGUUGGUGUAAAAAGUAAAGAUAUAAAGAAAAUCCUCAUGAGACAACCACAGAUUUUGCAGUAUACAGUCGAAAGCAAUCUGAAAUCCCACGUGGCGUUUCUGGUAAAUUUGGGAAUUCAGGAUUCAAGAAUCGGACAGAUAAUUACUGCUACCCCAUCGAUCUUCUCUUACAGUGUGGAAAAUUCAUUAAAGCCUACUGUGAGGUAUCUGAUUGAAGAAGUUGGUAUUAAAGAAAGUGAUUUGAGUAAAGUUGUGCAAUUAAGCCCUCAAAUUUUGGUUCAACGGAUUGAUAAUUCAUGGAAUGCGAGGUAUAGAUUCCUUACAAAAGAACUCGAUGCACCCAGGGACAAUAUAGUAAAAAUGGUCACGAAACAUCCUCAGCUCCUUCAUUACAGUAUUGAAGAUGGCAUGUUACCAAGAAUUAACUUCUUGAGGAGUAUCGGCAUGCACAACUCAGACAUAUUAAAAGUCUCUACUAGCCUCACACAGGUGUUCUCAUUGUCUCUUGAGGACAAUUUGAAGCCUAAAUACUUGUAUUUGGUGAAUGAACUUCAAAACGAGGUCAAAUCUUUGACCAAGUAUCCAACGUAUCUAAGCCUAUCCUUAGACCAGAGGAUCCGGCCCCGCCAUCGGUUUUUGGUUGCCCUGAAAAAAGCUCCGGUGGGACCCUUUCCUUUAAGUUCAUUUGUUCCAAAUGAUGAAAGCUUUUGUCAGCAAUGGGCGGGAACUAGUGUAGAUAAGUACUUGGCAUUUCGUCAAAGUUUUGUGCUUUUUUUUUUAUUUGGUAGUGAUCCGGGUUCUUUUAACUAAUUUUGAGACAAGUGAGAAAUCGAAAUUGGCUUCAAAAUGAUGCUUAAUUUAUUUCAAGGUUCAGUUUGUUAAAUGUGGGUUUGCAAGAAGACACCCGGAAUCUUUUGAUUGAGAAAUGUCCACUACUGGAAACUAAAUAUAUGGAGAAAGGUAUAGAUAAGAGAUUGUUCAUGUCCAUUCAUAUAGUUUUCAGGUUCUGAUACAUGGGUACAAGUCUGAAUUUGGUCGAGACUAAGCUAUAUAUAAUAAUAAUAUGUAUAAAAAACAGUUUUUCAUUUGUAUUUUUGUAUUUGAUUUUGAUUGGUAUAUGCAUG